AUGAAUAAAACACUGUUAUCGCUUUAUGGCCUGAAAUGGAAUCCUUUCUCGCCUGAGCUGCCCACGGAAGGUGUGUAUAUCACAGCCAAGGUUGAACAGUUCUUCUGGCGUAUAGAACAAGCCCUGAUCCGUGAAGGUGGCUUUGCCAUGAUCACCGGUGACCCUGGAACCGGUAAAAGCAUCACCCUACGCCUGCUGGCGCAACGCUUGUCAAAACUGCAAGAUCUCAGUGUAGGCGCCAUUGUCCACCCCAGUGGUAACCUGGCCGACUUCUACCGUGAAAUGGGCGACCUAUUCGGCAUAGAACUGAAACCACAUAAUCGCUGGGGCGGGUUUAAAGCCCUGCGCGAACGCUGGUUAUCGCAUCUGGAAGGUACGUUAUUACGUCCGGUGUUAUUGAUUGAUGAAGCCCAGGAAAUGCAACCCGCCGUACUCAGUGAACUGCGUUUGCUCAGCAGCAUGCAGUUUGACUCCCAGACUUUGCUCACCGUCGUACUCGCCGGUGAUGCUCGACUGAGCCAUAAACUACGCCGUGAUGAACUACUGCCCUUGGGCAGUCGUAUUCGCGCUCGACUGGUGAUGGACUAUGUCGAUCGCAACGAACUGGUAGCCUGCUUGAAGCACCUGUUAUCGACAGCAGGCAAUGCUAGUCUGAUGACCCCGGAACUGAUACAGACGCUAUGUGAUCAUGCCCUGGGUAAUUACCGUGUACUGACCGGCAUGGCGGCCGACCUGUUGACGACUGCCGCCUUUAGAGAACUCACCCAACUGGAUGAAAAACUGUACCUGGAUGUUUUUGCAGCAACGCCUUCCAAAUCACAUAAAAGGCCUGAAUAA